UUGCUGGAAGAGACCCUCCGUCGCUGGCGCAGCCGGGCGCCUAUGUCGCGCCGAAAAACCCUGUCCGACCGACCUCAACAACAACGUCAGCGCUCGCACGCUUGCCGUCGUCUUCUUCGUCUUCUCUCUCGUCGUGUCGCCAAAACCCUCUCGCCCUUUCUACCUCCCUCGCUCGACAAUGUCUCUGUCCUCCAUUUCGCUGAGGUCCGCCGCAUUUAGCCCGCUCUCGUCCGAGCUCGACGAUCGCGUGAGUCAUUACCGAUCCCCCGAUCUCUCUUCUUCCCAUUCGUUUCACGGGUUUUGCGACGGCGGCGAGGCUCCCUUUGAGCUUCCGAUUCGAGGAGAGAGCGAGUUCGGCGGGGAAGGGGAAGCGAUUGGUGUCGCGGGCGAGGAAGCCGGGAUUGAGGUGUUGUAUUGAUAGGGACAUGGACGUGAGCGCUUCCGCCGUCGCCGAUGGCGUCGCCGAGUGCUCUCCCGAAAUCGAAGUGAAGGAGCCCGGCGUGUCGACGCUGUUGAUGAAUUUCGAGAACAAAUUCGAUCCUUACGGGGCGAUCAGCACGCCGAUUUACCAAACGGCUACGUUUAAGCAACCUUCAGCCACAGAAAAUGGUCCCUAUGAUUACACCAGGAGUGGAAAUCCCACUCGGGAUGCGCUAGAGAGCCUCCUCGCAAAGCUGGACAAAGCCGAUAGAGCAUUUUGCUUCACUAGUGGAAUGGCUGCUUUGGCCGCCGUCACUCAUCUCCUUUCAAAUGGUGAGGAAAUUGUUGCUGGAGAUGACCUUUAUGGUGGUUCCGAUCGUCUGUUGUCCCAAGUAACUCCAAAAUCUGGAGUUGUGGUGAAGCGGGUAAAUACAAGUGAUCUACAUGAGGUGGCAUCUGCUGUUGGUCCCUCCACCAAGCUUGUCUGGUUAGAAAGUCCCACCAAUCCACGGCAACAAAUUUCGGAUAUACGAAAAAUAGCGGAGAUAGCUCAUGCUCAUGGUGCCCUUGUAUUGGUGGAUAAUAGUAUCAUGUCACCUGUAUUAUCACAACCACUGGAACUGGGAGCAGAUAUUGUAAUGCAUUCUGCCACUAAAUUCAUAUCUGGGCAUAGUGAUGUCAUGGCGGGUGUGCUUGCGGUGAAAGGGGAAAGCUUGGCAAAACAGCUAUAUUUCCUCCAAAAUGCCGAAGGUUCUGGUCUAGCUCCAUUUGACUGUUGGAUCUGCUUGCGAGGUAUUAAGACCAUGGCUCUACGGAUUGAGAAGCAACAGGAGAAUGCACAGAAAAUAGCCGAGUUUCUAUCUUCCCAUCCCCGAGUAAAGAAAGUCAAUUAUGCUGGUCUCCCUGAUCAUCCUGGGCGUGCCUUGCACUACACUCAGGCUAAGGGUGCUGGAUCUGUGUUUAGCUUUUUAACAGGAUCAGUGGCACUGUCAAAGCAUAUUGUUGAGACCACCAAGUACUUCAGUAUAACUGUUAGUUUUGGGAGCGUGAAGUCCCUCAUCAGCAUGCCAUGCUUUAUGUCCCAUGCCAGCAUACCGGCCAUGGUCCGUGAAGCUCGGGGCCUGACAGAGGAUCUCAUUCGAAUAUCUGUGGGAAUCGAGGACGUGAGUGAUCUGAUAUCUGAUUUGGACACUGCUCUUAGGACUGGACCAGCUUAGUUGCUUGCCCCAAAUUGGGAAAUCUCGUAGGUGCUUUGCCCUGUCCUGGGCCCUGGCUUCUAUUCCUAGUGUAAUAACUCUGAAAAUGAUGUCAAAGUUAUGGUUCCCUGCUUCCCAGUGAUUCUUACUUUGGCCGUUGCUCUCUACCACAAAGAAAAUGAGUUUAGCCACGAGUACGAGAGAGGGAGCAGGAUUUGUCUAUGUAAGCUAUUGCUUCCGGUUCUCGCCAUAUUUUCUUUUUGGUAAAAGUAGUGUUCACCUCUGGGUGGUUGUUUUACCACUCUGGGGGAGCAACGGAAGGUUUCAAGACAA